UCUGAAAAAUGCAGUGUUGAGUGUGUGAAGAAGCAUUGCAGUAGUGCAAAUGUUGUGGCCGCGUGUUUGUAAUCUCGACAACGCCGACAAGUGCAAAAUUUAAAAAAUAUUUUUUGCGCAUAUUUAUAAAAGAAAAAAUAUACAUUCUUACAUAUAUGGUGGGCACGCAUAUAUGUAUCGUUGCAAUAUUGCAUAAAAAGAAUAAGACUUGUGUAGACGAAUUGCGUAGGCAAUCUACAGCGCAGUCUUUGACAUAGUCGUAUAAAUAUACAUAUAAAUAAAAUUUGUACUGCAAUCAGAAACAUACAUACAUAAAAACUGUGCAAGUGCUAUAAUAAAGUGCGCAACGACAAAAUGUUGAAAAUAUUCAAGAGCAAGAAAGACAAGUUGCCAAAAUCGGAAAUCAUCACCUGUGAACCGCAGGUGACCAAAGAACCGCGCACGAAAUGCGGUAAACCGCUGGUGUUGGACAACACACGAUGGGAGAGAAGACUACACAAAGAGUUGAUGUCGCUGAUAAAGGAACCGCCACCGGGUGUUACCGUUGAUACCGAUAGUAUAGGACAAAACUUAUCAGAGUGGAAAAUAAAUAUUGCUGGUUUCGAAGGUACACUGUACGAGGGUGAAAAUUUUCAGCUGCUAUUCAAAUUCAACAAUAAAUACCCCUUUGAUUCGCCAGAGGUAACGUUUAUUGGCAAUAAUAUACCCGUACAUCCGCACGUCUACUCCAAUGGACAUAUCUGCCUUUCUAUAUUGACAGAGGAUUGGUCGCCAGCGCUUUCAGUACAAUCCGUCUGUCUGAGCAUAGCAUCGAUGCUAAGUAGUUGUCGCGAAAAGAAGCGUCCACCAGAUAACACACUCUACGUGAAGACCUGCAAUAAGAAUCCAAAAAAGACUAAAUGGUGGUAUCAUGAUGAUUCAGUCUAGUGGAAGUCGUUUGCCGCUGCCGACCGGUAUAAAUAUAAGCUGUUCGCUGCAUUGACAAACUCAUUGCUGGUACUUAGAAUGGAAUUACAACAACAAAUUACGCAAAUAUACACUGAGAGUAAAUUGUCUGUGAAAAAAAUACGUCGACGCGUAAAGUUCAAACGUAAACGCGCAUCCGCAAUUUAUCAUACAUAUUAAAUAUUAACUAAACAGCUAUAAAUUGCAAACAAACAAAAACAAAAAUCAACAAAACAAAGUAAUAGCCACAAACAACACCAAUUGGGAAAUUGCCGCUUGGGCAAAGUGAGACGUUUGAGCUGAAAGCACUUUGUGAACGUGAAUGUGCGUAGGCGUAUACGUAAACGUAAAGAAAGAAAUACCGUAUUUUAAAUUUAAAUAUAUAUUUUAGUUAUUAUAACAUAACAUAACUUUAUCUUGACAAGCCAAUAACAGCAAGAGAUGCAAAAACUAAAUACAUAUACAUACAUACAUACAUAUACACAUAUAAUAAAGCGUAAGUAACCUUUUGGAACUUAAGGUUGCAUUAGACACAUACCCUAUACAUAUAUACAUACAUACAUACAACCUUUCUGCAAAAAAAUAUAAAAAAUACGAGCAUGAAUACGACGACAUAAACUAGAAAAAGUGACUAAAUUUUCGAGAAUAUUAAAAUAGAAUACUUGAAAUGCGAUAAUUGUAUGAAUGUUUAGACUACAUUGAAUGAAAAGACAUUUUUAGUACAUAACCUGUAAAUCCAAAACGAAAAUUAUAAGUGGUAAAUUUGCAUGGAAAUUUAGUUUUAAUUUAAUAAGCUCUUAAAUAUUUUUUCUUCAUUAUCCAAUAUGAAUUUGGCGCUGUAAACUGUGGCUUAAGAUUUUUGUUUUGCAUAAAUCUUUAUUUUUUAUGUUUUGGCUUUUCAUAAAAAAAUAUAUAUAUUAAAGUAAUUAUUGUAAAUGCGAAAAAAAAACACAAAUUAAAAUAGAAAUAGAAAUCAGGCAUUAUAACAAAUCAUGUAAAAAUAUCGAAAAAUAAACUGUUAAAAAUGAUGCAAACCGCUUUGGAAACGACGCAGCGAAACAUUCCAUUCUGUGUUUGUUGAAAGUGCAAUAAACAAGAAAUAAAAAACAAAAACACCACCUUAUUUUACAAACACAGAUUGAUUUAAAAACAGUUAAACAAAUGAAUUUUAGCAAGAAAUGUUUGCUGUUUGCUCGCAUCAUUUGAUAGAGGAAAAGAAUAAGAAAACAAUUCACUGCAAUGCACUAUUUAUAACAUGAAAUGGAAAUUUGUUUUGAAAUUUUAAUUUUUUCCUAACAACCCUCCUCAAUAGCUUUGUGUACUGUACGCUUUAGUAAUAUGUGUAUGCCCGAACUUUUUUUACUCAUUUAUUUUUAUUUUUAUUAUAAUUAUUAUUUUCGCAAAAUUUGUAAUAUAUGUACCUUGGCUAAUGUACAUAUGUUUUUUUUGUUUGUUUUGUAAUCUUAGCUUCUAGACCUAACACCUUGGUGCAAUUCUUCUGUAUUAUUCGUAUAAAACUAAGAUUAGCUUGUCACUGUACUGUUGCCAUUUCAGUACACUUGUGAUUUCCGUGUCUAAAUGAUUUGCAUAUGAAAUAUGCGUAUAUACAUACUUACAUACAUAUACAUAGAAUAUUAAUUACGAUUUCCUUAUAAAUUUAGUAAUUGCCAAUUUUUUUAACGUACACUUUAAAUGAUCUUAAAAUAUAAAUAUAUGUAUGUAUUUACUUGUAGAUUGCGGUAUAUUGCCGUUAUAUGGUAAUUUUACUUCUUACCCCCACUUAAUUAUAACGCUGUAAUAUUUUGUUUUGUCCAUAAUGUGUACGUUUAUUUUUUUGUUUAAUAUAUUGUAGUUAAGUUGAUUUAUAUAAGUGUAAGUCAAGUUUGAGGUAAAUUAAAAAUGCAAAAUGUAACACAUAUUUGAAACAAUCUUAAUAAUACUUGUAAAUGCGUGUCAUUGUCAAGUAUUCAAUAAAAACAAAACUUAUGAUUACAAAUUA